AUGCUUCAACCAUUGGUCAUCCUUCACCACCACGCCCGGCAAAAUUAUGAAGACGAGGAUUUGCCUGUCUCUUUGCUACACGCUCCGGACCCCUUUUUUUUUUUUUUUUUUCACACCCAUUCCGCAGCCCCACCCGCUUCUCCCGCACAUCACUUUCCCGAUUUCUGCACUUUUGCUUGCGCUAACUUUUUUUCUCCUCUACCCAGAGUCAGAGUCAGUCAGCUUACCCGAGCAAGCUUUUCUCUUUCUCUUGUUUCUUUACUUGCCAACUGGCCCGACCAGUCACGUCUGUUCUCUCUCUCUCUCUCUCUCUCUCUCUCUCUCUCUCUCUUCUCUCUCUCUCUCUUUCUCUCUCUCUCUCUCUCUCUCUCUCUCUCUCUCUCUCACUUUAUUAAUAAUGAAGGGGCAGACGCUUUUGUCAAUUAUUUUACUCUCAUGUUUCGUCAAGCGGGAAGAAUACAUAUCUCUGAUUUAAUCUUCCUUUCUGUCUACGUCUCUCUCUCUCUCUCUCUUUCUCUCUCUCUCUCUAUCUAUCUAUCUAACGCUCCCUCCCACUCUCGCCUCACGCUCCCUCCCUCCCUCUCACGCUCCCUCCCCCUCUCUCCCCUCACACUUCCUCCCUCCCUCUCUCCCUCACGCUCCUUUCCUCUCUCUCCCCACACGCUCCCUCACUCUCUCUCACCAUCCACUCCCUCCCUCCCUCCCUCUCUCUCACACCCCUCCUCUCUCUCUCUCCUCCCUCCCUCCCUCUCUCCCCUCCCUCCCCUCCCUGUCACGCUCCCUCCCUCCUUCUCUCUCUCCUCACGCUCACUCUCUGCCUCACGCUCCCCUCUCUCUCUCGCCAUCACACUCCCUCCCUCUCUCUCCCUCACGCUUCCUCCAUCCCUCUCUCUCUCACGCUCCAUCCCUCUCUCUCUCCCUCACGCUCCCUCCCUCCCUCUCUCUCUCACUCUCUCUCUCCCUCACGCUCCCGCCAUCCCUCUCUCUCACGCUCCCUCUCUCUCUCUCUUUCACGCUUCCUCCCUCUCUCUCUCUCACGCUCCCUCCCUCUUUCUCUCUCACAUUCCCUCCCUCUCUCUCUCUCUCUCUCCCUCUCUCUCUUUUAAACAUUGCUCUUUACAUGCACAGAUAGAUACGAUGUACUUAGGACUUCAUUGA